AUGCAGCUGGGUGAGCCGCUGCUGACGGCGGCGGGGGCACUGCCGGGCGCCCCCUUCUACCCGCUGGAGGGCGGCGGACGCACCGGAGCCGCUGGAGCUGGAACAGGCGCUGCUGGAGGCUCCCGCGGGCCGCCCGGUUCGGGAUCGCCACCUCGCCUCGACCUGGACAAGAUGCCCAAGAAGUUUGGAGCGGCCCCCGCCAUCCUGAGCGAGACGGAGGCCGUCGAGCCGCCCUUCGCCGCUCCCAAGCCGGACGGUCGCAAGGCCACCCCAUGCGGGGACGAGGAGCUGCCCCCGGCCGCCGCCGCCCGCUACUCCAUGGACAGCCUGAGCCCCGAGCGCUACUACCUGCAGUCCCCCGGGCCGCCCGCCGCCGACCUGGGGGGGCCCUGCUCCCUGUUCCCGUACCCGCCCGCGGCGCAGCACGGCGCCGUCUACCAGCCGCCCGGCGGGCCCCGCUACCCCUACGGCUCCGUGCUGUCCCCGGGCGGCUUCGCGGGCGCCGUGUGCCCGCCCGGCGGCCGGACGCAGUUCGGAGGCGGCGGCGGGUACCAGUACGGGCAGGCGACGGGCGGCGGAUCUCUCUACGGCCCUUACCCGCCGGCGUCGGGCUCCUGCGGCGGGCUCGGGGCUCUGGGGGUGCCAGCCGCCGGCCCGGGGAUGCGAGCGCAGGUCUUCCUCUGCAACCGGCCCCUCUGGCUCAAGUUCCACCGGCAUCAGACGGAGAUGAUCAUCACCAAGCAGGGCCGGAGAAUGUUUCCCUUCCUGAGCUUCAACAUCACCGGUCUCAACCCCACGGCCCACUACAACGUCUUCGUGGAGGUGGUGUUGGCGGACCCCAACCACUGGCGUUUCCAGGGGGGCAAGUGGGUGACCUGCGGCAAAGCCGACAACAACAUGCAAGGCAACAAGGUCUACGUGCACCCCGAGUCGCCCAACACUGGGGCGCACUGGAUGAGGCAGGAGAUUUCCUUCGGAAAGCUGAAGCUAACGAACAAUAAAGGUGCUAACAACAACAACGCACAGAUGAUAGUACUUCAGUCCCUACACAAGUACCAGCCCCGACUUCACAUUGUGGAAGUGACCGAAGAUGGUGUUGAAGAUCUGAAUGAUUCCUCAAAGACUCAAACGUUUAUUUUUCCUGAAACGCAGUUCAUAGCAGUUACAGCAUAUCAAAACACUGAUAUUACACAGCUCAAAAUUGACCAUAAUCCUUUUGCAAAAGGCUUCAGAGACAACUAUGACUCCAUGUACACAGCUUCCGAAAAUGACAGAUUAACUCCAUCUCCCACGGAUUCUCCUAGAUCCCACCAGAUCGUCCCUGGUGCCCGAUACAGCGUGCAGCCAUUCUUCCAGGAACAGUUUGUCAACAACCUGCCCCCGGCCAGGUUUUACAACGGUGAGAGAACUGUCCCUCAGAGCAAUGGCCUGCUGUCCCCACAGCAGAACGAGGAGGUGGCCAGCUCUCCCCAGCGCUGGUUCGUGACGCCCGUGCAGCAGCCCAGCGCCAACAAACUGGACAUGAACUCCUACGAGACAGAGUAUUCUCACAGCACCUUGCUCCCCUAUGGCAUCAAAUCCCUCCCGCUGCAGACGUCCCACGCUCUGGGAUACUACCCCGACCCGGCGUUCCCGUCCAUGGCGGGCUGGGGGAACAGGGGCUCUUACCAGCGGAAAAUGACGACAGGACUAACUUGGCCCUCCAGAACGAGUCCCCCGGGAUUCACUGAAGACCAGCUUUCCAAGGACAAGGUGAAAGAAGAAAUUGGCUCGUCAUGGAUAGAGACUCCACCCUCUAUAAAGUCUCUAGAUUCAAAUGAUUCUGGGGUCUACACAGGCGCUUGUAAGAGAAGGCGGCUUUCCCCUAGCACUUCCAGCAACGAAAAUUCCCCGACAAUGAAAUGUGAGGACAUUAAUGCUGAGGACUAUAGCAAAGACACUUCAAAAGGCAUGGGCUACUACGCCUUCUAUGCCAGUUCUUAG